UGUCUCAUGCUGGCUCCUUUGGUUGUGUUGGAUGGCUGAGUACAGAGAUGCGAGACCACCUCACGCUGCUACUGUUUGAAGCAAGAUUACAUAAAGAACAGCUAAGGGCCGAUUUCAUAAUCAAUUUAAAGUUAACUUUAACUACUAAAGCUCCUUUAACUUCUAAUAUGGAUUUCAUAAUUCAUUUUUAAACCUCCUUUAGUGCUAAAGGCACUUUAAAUUUAAACCGCCAGGUUAUCCACUUUAGACGCUAAAGUUGACUUUAAAGCUUCUUUAAAGUGAUAACCUAACCUCAAUUCAGUUUAAUCUUUAGUUUUGGUUCAGCCACGUUUUGUCAUUUGUGCGUUUUGUAAAAACUUCGUUGUUUUUUAUUUGAUUAUAAAAUGAAUUUAAUGGAUACGGAUACUUCAUCAAGUUCGAGUUCAUCAGAAGAAGAAUUAGUUUUUGUUCGGAGAAGAAAAAUAUACCGAGAUCGUCAAAAUUAUUACGAACUAUACGAUGAUUUGGAUUUUUUCUGUAGAUUUCGUUUGACGAAACCUACAGUAAUGCAAGUACUAGGAGAGAUUGAACCGCAAAUCCGUUUACCUACAAAUAGAGGAGGAUGUGUCCCACCCUUGCUACAAUUAUUGCUAACAUUAAGAUUUUUUGCCACUGGGUGUAUGCAGAUUACUGCUGCUGAUUUUAUCGGUGUAUCGAGGGCUACGGCAUGUCGUGUUAUAUCAAGGGUAACAACAGCAUUAGCAGCUCUAAGGCCUAGAUAUGUGAAGAUGUAUUCCGAUAAUGCCGAAAUGCAAAGAGCAUCAGAAGAUUUUUAUGGCUUAGCGUCGUUUCCAAGAGCAAUAGGAGCAAUAGACUGCACUCUGAUAAAAAUUGAUUCGCCUGGAGGAGAAGAUGCAGAAAUCUUCAGGUGCAGAAAGGGUUUUUUUGCAUUAAAUGUUCAGACUAUUAGUGAUGCUAAAUUAAAAAUCCGAAACAUUGUUGCAAGGUGGCCAGGAUCUGUACACGACCAAACUAUUUUUAAUAAUAGUCAAGUCAAAAGAGAAUUUGAAACAGGCAGGUACGGAAGGUAUAUUUUAGUUGGAGAUAGUGGAUAUGCAUUAAAAAAAUAUCUAAUGACAAAACUGUUGGAGACCAAUACCGAUGCUGAAAAUUUAUACAAUGAAUCCAUAAUACGAACCAGAAAUGUUGUCGAGCGUCAGUAUGGUGUGUGGAAGAGGCGGUUUCCAAUUUUAAAGAAUGGGAUGCGGGUAAAGUUGGAAACUGCAAUGGAUAUUAUUGUUGCUACGGCUGUAUUGCACAAUAUUGCCCUCGACAUGUCUGAAGACAUCCCAGGGGAAUGGCUAGAAGAUGCUGAAGAGGGAGAAAAUGCUGAAGAGGGAGAUGGCAUUUUGGAAUUGCCAAAUGAAAAUAUUAAUUUUGGUAGACAAUUUAGACAAGUACUAAUAAACCAACACUUUGCUGGACUUUUGUAACUAUCGAACUUGUAAUAUAAUUGUUUGAAAUACCUUUUUAGCUAAAUAAAAAUUUAUUUAUUUGUU